UAAACAAUGUUCGAUGCAUGCCUAUCGAUUAAGUAAACAAUAAAACCCGCGCGUAAAAUGGAAGAUAUAGAAAUUAAGAAUGAAAGUGAGGAAAAACCCAAUAUAUUACAGGAAGAAGAGCCCACGGGUGAUAUCAAUAAGAUAAGCUCACUGAAGUCACUCGGGCCCUUUAUUGCUGCGCGCGAAAACAGCAAAAACACAAUUUAUUUGAGCGAUGUGCCAGAGAUCUGCAAGGAGCAGCCCUGCAUGCUGGGCGUGGAUGAGGCGGGCCGUGGUCCCGUGCUGGGCCCCAUGGUAUACGGCAUCUCCUACUGCCCGCUGGAGAGUAAGAGCGCUCUGAUUGAGCUGGGCUGCGCAGAUUCCAAACAGUUGACCGAGGAGAAACGGGAGGUCAUCUUCAACGAUCUGAACACGCUGGAGUAUGCGAACAGCUGCAUUGGCUGGGCCGUGGAAAUCAUUUCACCCAAUGUAAUCAGCAGCAGCAUGUACAGACGCACCAAGUGCUCGCUGAAUGAGGUCUCCAUGGACUCGGCAAUGGGUCUGAUACAAGAAGCCAUCGAUGCGGGCGUCAAUAUAGCCGAGGUUUAUGUGGACACCGUGGGCCCGCCGGAGAAGUACCAGGAGAAGCUGCUCAAACGGUUUCCCAAUUUCAAAAUAACGGUGGCCAAAAAGGCCGAUUCCACCUAUCCGAUUGUCUCGGCGGCCAGUAUAUGCGCCAAAGUGACCCGCGAUCAUGCACUCAAAGUUUGGCAGUUUCCCGAGGGCCUGGUCAUUAAGGACAAUGCAUUUGGCAGUGGCUAUCCGGGCGAUCCUGUCACCAAACGAUUCCUCACCGAGAACAUUGAUUUGGUAUUUGGUUUUCCGCGUCUGGUGCGCUUCAGCUGGUCAACGGCGGAGAAUGCGCUGGCGGACAAGGCAUACGACAUAGAAUUCGAUGAGCCCGAUUCGGAGAAGCCAAAAUAUGCGGGCACAAAGCUGACCAAGUUCUUCAAGGGCACCACCAAAACGGGUGAAGUGAAGCGCGAGGAAUGCCGCUUCUUCAAGCAGUGUCACUUGGACAAUGUAACCGAAUUUUAGACUUUAUAACCAACUAUUUAUACCCUAGAAAUGUUUUGAAUA